AUUGGUAUCGCUUGGCAAUUGGGCAUUGUUUUUUUUACAUAUAGAAACACCACCAAGAUGAGCACGUACCUUCAGAGCAGCGAGGGCAAGUUCAUUCCGGCCACCAAGCGCCCGGACGGCACCUGGCGCAAGGCGCGCCGCGUCAAGGACGGAUAUGUGCCGCAGGAGGAGGUGCCUCUGUACGAGAGCAAGGGCAAGCAGUUUGUGGCCCAACGGCAGACCGGCGGAGUGCCGCCUGGCAUGUGCCCCCUUGUGGCCGCCGAGGCCAAGAAGGAACGCGAGAAGCAGGAGCGCAGCAAGGCCAAGAAGCAGCAGCAGCAGGGAAACAAUCCCAAGGCACCGACGCCCGGCGUUCUGGUCUUGCCCCAGUCCAGCACGUGCCAGCAGCCCUCUGGCAGCAGCAGCAAGGAGGUCAACGCGGUGACCAAGGCCCUGGGCGAUACUCUGAGACUGGAGGAAGGAGCCCAGGAGCUGGAUGCCAACAAGCAGUUGAAAAAGCUGCGCAAGAAGAUUCACGAAAUCGAACUAAUCGAGAGCAGGAUCCAGGCCGGCGAGCAGAAGAAGCUGGACAAGGACCAGCUGGACAAGGUGAAAAAGAAGAGCGAUAUCCUGCGGCAGAUCAAGGCUUUGGAGAGCGAAAAGCGCUCCUCGUAGCCCUGAGUCCCAAAAGCAAAUCAGCUCCUGCUAUACACCGCACUCCUCCUGCUCUCACCUCACUGACCAGAUGUCGAGAAACAACAAACAAACAAACAAUUGCACGCAUACAUAUAUCUCUGUUGAAUAGUUAUAUUAGUUUUUAGCAGAAUAAGAUGUCAAGGCCAUUUAGUAAUACCAAUAUCUAUUAUUAUUAAUGUGUGCGUCUGUCCCAACACCCAGAAGGGUUUGCCGAAUGUUUAUUUAUGUAUAGGAAACUUUGUAAAUCAGAUUUAAUAAAUUAAAAACCACUACUCCAGCAGCUUUUGAUCGAGAGGGUUGCCCCGAGUUAAA